UCAAAGUGCGUCGCCCACCUUCUCUCAGCGCCUCACCUUUUCUCUCCUUCUCUCUGCAUCUGUUUCUCCCUCACAUCAACAGCUCAACUCUUCUUAUUCAGAGAUCUUCUAUUGGAGGCUUUCCACAGGACCUAUCAGCUUGUUCUUCUUCUGUCACAAGACUGGAAGGCAUUUUUACUAAAUCAGCGAGUUCGUCAGCAUGCGUUGUGUGAGCUGGUUGCUGCUGGGGACCUUCAUCCUGGUCCUGGGCCCCACGGUGCAGGGAGCCCCGGGCCAGUGCCCAAACCUGUGCCACUGCCACGGUGACCUUCAGCACGUCAUCUGCGACAGCGUCGGGCUGAAGAAGAUCCCCCGGGUGUCCGAGGUCACCCGUCUGCUGAACCUGCAGAGGAACAACCUGGGCAGCAUACCCACGGGGGCCUUCACAGAAAGCAAGGGCCUCAUCUCUCUGCACAUGCAGCAAUGCCAGCUACGAGAGAUCGGGUCCCAAGCCUUCAAGGGACUGAAGAAGCUUAUCUACCUCUACCUGUCCAACAACGAGAUCAGCAGCCUCAAGCCCGGUGCCUUCGAUGACCUGACCGAGCUCACCUACCUCUACCUGGAUGGCAAUCAGAUCAGCGACCUCCCCAAGGGCAUCUUUUCCCCCAUGAUCAACCUCUUCAUCCUGCAGCUUGACGACAACAAGCUCCGGGAGCUGCGGCCGGGGACUUUUACGGGCGCCAAAGACCUGCGCUGGCUGCACAUGAGCGGGAACGAGCUGACAACCCUGCAGCCGGGCUCUCUGGACGAAGUGGAGAAUCUGGCUAUAUUUCACCUGGAGAGGAACAGGAUAUCCACCUAUCCCCUUGCGGCGAUGAGCAAACUGCGAGUGGUGGAGGAACUGACGCUGGGGAAGAACCCUAUGAGGACCAUCCCAGACAUCGCCUUCCAGAGCUUUGGGCGCUACAUGGAGAAACUACACCUGGACAACAUGGGGCUGGAGAAGUUCUCUGACGGUGCGUUCACUGGUGUGACUGCAAUCAAGACACUGAACCUGGACAACAACAAGCUAAAGUCCCUUCCCAAAAGCCUUGAUUUAAGCAACAUAGCCAUCACCAACCUCACCCUCACCAACAACCCUUGGGGCUGCACGUGCCAGCUAGCUCCAUUGCGCAGGUGGAUGGACUCUAGCCGCAAUCGUCUAGAAGCAGUGUGUGCAUCUCCCCCUCAGCAGAAAGGAAAGCAAGUGAAAGACAGCACCGCCUUCAGUGGCUGCAAAGUCAAAUCAAAGAGAAACAAAAAGGGCCGACGUAAUUCGCAGCAGUAGAGAACACGCUGAAGAGGAGCCUGUCCAGGUGACUGGCUACACAUGCAACUAAAAGCAAUGCUGACUCAUAUACUUCAAGGCUGUCCCUCUUUUCAACUGCCAAAUAUUGUCCCAAGUGUAAACACAGACAAAAACAUUCCUAUUUACAUUUGCUCUCCGUCUGUUGCUCUCACACCAGACAAAUUAAGAACUUUAUAGACCUGAGACGUAACUUAAAUGUGUUUUCCUUCAUUUAUAUCAAAGAAGCAGACAGAAGAAUGGACCAGAAAUGUUAAGAUGUAUGCUUAUUCACCGUCUAACAGAGAGUUAGAUUAAGCUACGGCUACUAGCUGGUUAGCUCCACACAAAGACUGUAAACAUUGGUAUACAGCUAGCCUCGGUUGUUUGUGAUGUGAUAAAAUACCCCAGCAAUACCUGGAAACCUUCGGAAUCAACAUUGACAGAUAUAUUGUUAAUUUAAAACAUAAAAUAAUAUGAACUUAACUCUUUAUUUUUGAUUCAUUAUUGAUAUAAAUAUGUAUGAAUGUACUUUAUUUUGGUGGUUACCUGUUUUACCUUUGGCUCCACAAAAGAUGAAAAGGCAGAGAAAUACCUUACUGUCACUGAAACAUGUAUCCACAAGUGGUUAUCCUCUUUUCUACUUUAUGAUGUCAGUUUGACACCCGCAUUGUCUGGGAAAACAUCCAAUACUUGUUAAAACUGACCACAACAAUACUAUCAGUUUAAGAAGACUUUUUUCUUAAAGAAGUGUAAGUGAGAAAUAUGUUGAUACAAUUAUAGCAUGAAUCACAGGACACAAUUCACAUUUUCUGUCUUUCUUAUAGCACCAUUUUCCCUGUAUGGUGGUUUUGUAUCACCCCACAGAAACUAAAACUGUAUAUAGUUUGUAUUUGGAACGGCUAAGAAUGUAGACAACUAAAAGUUAAUCCCAAAAGUUGAAUGCGUGUUAUUUUGUCUUUACUAUUAAGGAAAAUCUUUGUAAUAUACUAUUUUCUACACAUUUCCUUUAUAUAAAGUGUAAGAAAAACUAAACACUUUCUUGCAAUAUGUUACCAACUGUUGCCUUGUAUGCAUUUUAACCUAAUUUUUAUUCAAUAUCUUCACAUUUCCUGGACUUUUGGAAGGGUUACUAUCCAAUAAACAUUUUACAAAAUCA